AAAUGAACCACAUUCUACGACCACUCUUGGAUGAAUGCGUGGUGGUGUACCUCGACAAUAUCCUUGUCUACUCGCGCGACAUGAGACAGCAUGUCGAACACCUGCGACGCGUCUUCAAAAUUCUUCGACGAUUACGAUUCUACGUCAAGCUGUCCAAGUGCGAUUUCGCUCUCGCGAAGGUCCAAUUCCUCGGACAUAUAGUGAGCGCUCAAGGAGUUCACGUCGACCCCAAGAAAAUCGAAGCCGUCCGUACGUGGAAGGCACCCGAGAAUGUGAAGGAGUUGCAGCAGUUCCUAGGCUUCGUCAACUACUAUAACAGAUUCGUGCCACAGUACGCAAAAAUUGCCGCGCUGCUCACGAAUCUGCUGAAGAAGAACACACCCUAUACAUGGGAACCAAAACACCAAGAAGCCGUGGAGCAGCUGAAACAUGCACUCACGUCCGCACCCGUACUCAUCCUUCCAGACCCCAAACGCAACUACGUCAUCGAAGCCGACGCCAACGACCAAGCAGUGGGAGCAGUCUUGAUGACCAAGGGAGUGGACUGCAACCAAUUGCCUACCUCAGCAAGAAAUUACACGGGGCAGAACUAAACUACCUGAUACAUGACAAGGAAGCC